UCAACAAGAACAGAACAUGACGCUGUCUUUCAUCAAAAACUAAGUAAGCACACUCUCUUGAUCAUUUCAAGAAAAUAAAAAAAAUGCAGUCAUCUGCCACGUCACCUCCAUCUUCUCCUUUUCUACGCGCCACCGGUUCUCGCUACCUCAUACGACGCCGUACCAGUCUUAGUCUCUCAAUCCUAUCUUCUCCUCUCUGCUACUCAAUUUUUAGAUCCAAAAACCCUACUCAACAACUCCGAUUAUCCGCUUCCCUCACCGAUAACCACCGCGAAACUACCACCACCACUUCUUGGUUCUCUCGCUUCACCGCCGCCGAGCAAAACGAGGAGUAUAAUGGAUGGGCUGUCAUUGAAACUCCUUCUCCUAGUCCUAACGAGAACGGGUUUAGUAAGAAUUUGAUUGGUGGUGGUGCUUGUGCUGUUGUUGCUGCUCUUGCUGUUGUUGCUUAUUUCUCGCUCUUUAGAAAUGGUUUUAAGUUGAGAUUUUCCCGUCCGGUGCAUGGAAUUACAAGUUCGAUUGAUACUGUGGAAGCUAGGUCUGGUGAUAAUGCGGGUGUUUCUGAUAUAAGUUCAGAAUUUAUAACUCAACAACCUACUGGAGAAGCUCCAACACCAGUGUCCAUACAGAAGCUUGAACGAGUUAAAUUGUCCGUUCUUGUGGAUUCUACGCAAUUGGAAGCUCUCUCAGUUUUGAAGAAACUUAAGAUCAUUGAAGAUGAUGUAAGGGCUGACGAAUUAUGCACUAAAAGGGAAUAUGCAAGAUGGUUAGUCCGGCUAAAUUCAUUAUUGGAGAGGAAUCCAAAACACAGAAUUGCAUAUCUAUCAUUUCGUGGUUCUGUAGUAGCUGCAUUUGAUGAUGUGGGUGUUGAAGAUCCUGAUUUUGAUGCCAUCCAAGCUCUUGCAGAGGCUGGUUUAAUACCCAGCAAGAUAACGGGCACCAAUUCAGAAGGAGAUGGAAAUUUCUGCUUUCACCCUGAGAAGUUUAUUUCUCGUCUGGAUUUGAUCAACUGGAAAGCUCAGUUAGAGUAUGAUUUUUUUCCAGGAAUGGCAGAACAGCUUUUAAAACCUGACUUGUAUACAGUCCAGAUGUCAAGGACAAAAGUAGAUUAUAUGGAUGUUAAGGAUAUCAGUGCAGAGGCAUCACCUGAAUUCUUUAUCUUGUUGGCUGGGGACAAUAGCAUAAUCAGAAAAGUUUUUGGACAGAGUAGGCGGUUUCAACCAAAUAAGCCUUUGACAAAGGCACAAGCAGCAGUGGCAAUGACAAGUGGCCGGAUGUCAGAAGCAGUGUAUAAUGAAAUAUCAAGACUGGAGGCUGAGAAUUCUUCAAGACAAGCUGCAUUAAAGGAAAUAAGGUUCGAAAUGCUUGACAAAGGAGACAUAGAGAGAUUUUGGAUUGAGAAGAUAAAUGAAGAGAGAACCCGUGGACUUGAGGUUCAGAAACUAUAUAUGACUGUUUUACAUGAUUUGGAACUGGAGAAAGAUAUUCAGGUGAAAGCUUUGGCAGAAUGUUUGAAGGAGAAAGCAGCAAUGAAUUGCCAGAUGCAAUUGCUUGUUGUUCUAAAGGAAGAGGUCGAUGAGAUGUCAGAACAACUGGCUUCUGAGAGGGCUGUUUAUGCAGCAGAGCAAUGUAAUCUACAAAAAUUGCUUAAUGAGUUACAGACCAAGCAGGAAGGGAUACUUAACAAAAAAUCUGUACUGGAAGCUGAAAUUGAAGCUCUUCGGAUUCUUAGAUCUUGGGUAGAGGAUGAAGCUAAGAAAAGCCAAGCCCGUGCAAAAGUUCUCGAGGAGGUAGGAAGAAGGUGGAAAUGGGAAAAUCAAGGCUGAAUCCGCUAGGGGAGAUGAACCAAUAUUCACCUGAUGUAUGUCCCUCUUAAUAGGGGAUUGUGUAAGAAACUGUGAUUGAUAAUGUUAUAUGGUAUAGGAGAUUUUGGUCGGGUGUCAAUGUUUGUAGAGUAGAGAUCAUUCUGUUGCUACAUUUUACUUGAUUAAGCAAAUAGAUAACUUCUGAGA